AUGCCGCCGCGACGUUCAAGGCGGAGUGGUGCGGCAGCCACACAAGCCGUUCCAGCUUCAAGUCAAGAGGACGAGGAGGUUGAGGAAAACGUGGAAAUGGGCAACGUGGAGGUUGAGGAGAGUGAUGAUCUGAGCCAGGAGGAGGGAAACGACGAGGUUGAGGAAAAUGAGGUGGACGACGAAGGGGAUGAGGAUGAAGACGAGGAUGAAGAUGAGGAUGAGGGCGAGGACGAGGACGAUGGAGAGGAAGACGGCGGCGAGGAUCCACUGGACGCAUGGUCGGCUGCGCUCGAGGCCGGUGAGCUUGACGAGAACGGCGAGCUACCUCGUGCCACAGAUGCCAAUCUAACGUCGCGGCAGCGGGCGCUGUUGAAGGAGGAGGAUCCGUUCACAGAGGAGCUGGUUGAGAUCCCGAACAGUGCGUGA